AUGUCUGAGCCUGGGUACAAAUCGUCUGGGUACAAAAGAUACAUGGGCACAAAACGACUGGUAAGCGAUUGAGGAGAUUGAGGCAAACAGAGUUCUCGGUAAUUGUGAAUAAUAGCUCCCCUCCACUGACAGUCUACCAACUGUUGGCCAACAGUCUGCCGAAAAUUGCCGACACUAAACUGACAGGCCACCGACAGGUAACCAAAAGAUUAGCGACAGAUAGUGAAAUAACUUUACUAGUGCAUUUUUGCACUCAAAAAUCGAUGUAAAACUUACUAUAAAUGCUUAAAAUUUUUCAAAAUGCCACUUAAACUUAAAGGCACACGAAAAUUCCCUGUGCAUUAAACGAAAGUGUGUUAAUAUUCUCCAUCGAAAAGUGCAGUUAAGAUGCGCCCUAUAAUGCAAUGCAAUCCUAAUUUUUGGUAUAUUGGUACGUCAUAUAUGUAUAAUACGUUGUGCGAUUCUUGACAAUUUUGGUCUUCUUAUCAAUCCAAUCAGGGGGGAUGCCUUUGUGAAGAGAAAUACAAUCAUUACAUAUUUAUUCACCAACAAGAAACAAUGUCUCAGCGACUUUUGAAAUGUACUAUCUGCAGCGGCGACCACUCGAUUUUUCAUUGUAUCAGCAAGUGUGGUGUCUGUUCUGGUGAUAACUGGCGAUGUUCUUGUCCAGCUCAGCCACCUCAAAAAAAGAAGAGGAAGGCCCCCCCCCCCCAGAGCAAUCAACAGCUUAAAGAUAAGCCAAGUUACCAAGAGCUUAAAAAAAAGUGCGACACUUUUUAAAAGACCACGAGAGGGUGGGCCAGUCCUUCCAAAACCAACAACCACAGAAUCAAGAGGUUGCUGCCGAGUUGGAGGAACAAGAAAAAGAUGCGGAAGAGUUGGCCAAUCUAGUGCAAACAAAGUCAGAGGCCAUCAAGACUCUGAAAACUAA